AUGACCUUCACCCGGGUGCUACAUAUUGCAGCUCUCUUACUCAUGCAAGGGGAUUUUCCAGAAGUUGACAGUGAAACUGUAACCCUAAGGGAAGGCGAGGACUUAAAGCUCCAUUGUAGUCUUGGAAGUGACAACAGUUCUGCCCGACAGUGGUUAAACCCUCACGGAUUUGCCAUUUUUCUAAACACCCAGCAGGGUUUAAGAGAUCAGAGGUACAGACUUAUCCAUUAUUCAAAGGAAGAACUAUCUAUCCAACUGUCUAAUGUAACAGUGCACGAUGAAGGCGUAUAUAAAUGCUUCUACUACAGCACCCCAUUCAAAACCAAGAAUGAAACUGUUGAGGUGUUAGCUGCUCCUUCCAAACCAGUAGUGGAAGCAUCUCAAGAUACAGAUAAAAGCAUUACACUGUCAUGCUACACGAAAGGAAGUAAACCACAGCCCCAGAUCACCUGGCUGUUGGACAAUGGGAUGGAGCUGCCUGGUGACACUAAGCACAAGUUAGAAGCCGAUGGGAAGAAAUGGACCACAAUCAGCAGGCUGACAGUACUAGCGUACAGGCCCAAUUCAACGUCCAGUUGCAUUGUUCGCCAUGAAGUGCUAGGAGAAGAGAAACUGACUGCAUCCUUCCGGUUCGAGAGCUUCACUAGGACCGUGAUAACUACAAAUUCUGCUCCAACCACACUAGAUGUAGAUACAAGCAUUUCCAGGAAUGAGCGCUCAACAGUGACUACAGAAAAAACAGAUCUGAAGAGUAGUACAGCUUUUUCUCUAAGCUACCCACAAUAUAACGGGUCAGAAAUAACACCAGCUGCAGCAGAAGAUGAAGAAUUCUCUGGUACUUGGAGUUACAACAUCCCCAAUGGGACUGAAACAGCAUUCAAUGGAACAGUCACAGGAGAACUUUACACAACAGAAGCCUUACCAUCAAGUGAAAAUUUAACUGUGAUUUCCACCAUCACCUUCAAGCAAGAUCUGAAAUUUGAAGGCAUCGAAAAGAAGAAGAAGAAUCUUCUGCUGCCAAUCUUGGUGGCUGCUCUAAUUUUUGUGCUGCUCAUCAUAAUCUUGCUUUUUAUGAGGAAGCUGAGAAAAGCUCAUGGAUUGUGGAAGAGAGAGAAUGAUACUUCAGAGCAAACACUGGAGAGUUAUAAAUCCAGGUGUAAUGAAGACAAUCCAGGUCAUGAGAAGAACGGGCAAGUUGUCAAUCAGAAGUCCAAUGUGCAAUAUGUAACAGAAGGAUAUGUGGAAACAACACAGAAGAAUCCAAGACAGAAAAACUUUGCAAUGGCUGAGAAACUGUUUGCAUGUGGAAAGGAAACUGAUGUAUAG